CUCUGGUCACUCCAGUACUAUGUCUGCAGUCUCUGGUCAUCUCCUGUACUGUGUCCGCAUUCUCUGUCAUCCCUGUACUGUGUCCGCAGUCUCUAGUCAUCUCCUGUCUGUGUCCGCAUUCUCUGGUCAUCUCCUGUACUAUGUCUGCAGUCUCUGGUCAUCUUCUGUACUGUGUCCGCAGUCUCUGGUCAUCUCCUGUACUGUGUCCUCAGUCUCUGGUCAUCUCCUGUACUGUGUCCGCAGUCUCUGGUCAUCUCCUGUACUGUGUCCGCAGUCUCUGGUCAUUCCCUGUACUGUGUCCGCAGUCUCUGGUCAUCCCCUGUACUGUGUCCGCAGUCUCUGGUCAUUCCCUGUACUGUGUCCGCAGUCUCUGGUCAUCUCCUGUACUGUCCACAGUCUCUGGUCAUCUCCUGUACUAUGUCCGUAGUCUCUGGUCAUUCCCUGUACCGUGUCCGCAGUCUCUGGUCAUCUCCUGUACUGUGUCCGCAGUCUCUGGUCAUCUCCUGUACUAUGUGCGCAGUC